AUGGCCAUCAUGAGACCGGGUCCUGAGGAUGAGCCCCGGCUGGACCUGGGCAAGAAGGUGAGCACAGCACAGGUCCUGAUGAUCGAGGAGCUCUCCCUGCCCAACAACCGCGGGUCCCAGCUCUUCCAGCAGCGCCAGCGGCGGAUGCAGCGCUUCACCUUUGAGAACCUCAGCAGCCACAGGGAGGUGGGUCUGCGGCUCAUCCCCUGGAUCCAACCGGGACAGCCCUUUCCCAGCCAGGAAGCGAUUCCUGGUGGGGCCAAGGGUGCAGAGGAGGAUGCCGGGGGCCAGCAGAGUUAUCACUCCGAGCUCCACGUGGCAGCAUCGCCCCAGGGCGGCCCCCCUGAAGUGCCCAAGAAGACAGACAAAGUCCUGCAGAUGAGUAAAAUCCUCAACCCCGAUGCUCUGGCCCCAGGGUACUCACGUCCUCUUAAAGAAGUCCCCCCAGAGAAGUUCAAUGUCACCGCCAUCCCCAAGGGCUACCAAUCCCCAUGGCAUGACCUCCUUGGUGACAAGGAUAAUGCUGUGCUCGGGGAGUACCAGCCACCCAUGAGACCCUCUCAGUGGGACUUCAGGAGCUUCAACAGGACUCCCGCCCCAUUCGACAGAACGCAGCUCAGUGACCUGUUCUUUGUGCCCGCCACGGAGCUGGACAACCUGAGUGCUCUGGAGGUGAUCAACCAGAGGCGUAACUUCAACAGGGUGCCCCAAGGCUGGGUGCGGAUUCUACCGGAGAGCGAGGAGCUGUAG